AUGAGCACAUGUCCCACGGAGGCACUGGAAGUCAUGCUAGAGCUCACACUGCUGCAUCAGGUGAUCAAGCUAGCAGCAAAGCACAUCAUGCUGCUAAUGUCAGCAGAAGGCUGUGGAAGAGGAAAGAAUUUCAAAGUCACUCUAGGCAGCAAGACGGUGUGGAGUAAUUCCGCGCUGGAAAGGUUGCUGGAAGACAGCACCAUUCAGUGGUACACUGAUGGCUCAAAAACACCGGAAGGUAUUGGGGCAGGUAUYGCGGGACCGCGUACCAAGCUGUCCAUACCUAUGGGCAGCUUCCCAAGUAUCUUCCAGGCUGAAGYUUUUGCCAUCAGUCAGUGUGCUGAAGUCAACCUCAGCCGCAACUAUCAUAACCAGCGUAUAGCUAUUCUCAGUGAUAGUCAAGCGGCACUAAAAGCGAUCUCAUCCUACGAGACCAAAUCGCUUCUAGUCGAGGAAUGCGUAGAACGGCUAAACCGCCUGUCUUUGUGUAAUCGGGUGCAUCUAAUAUGGGUACCAGGGCACAAGGGAGUAGAAGGUAAUGAGAAGGCCGACGAACUGGCCCGCUCUGCAGCAGUGUCAAAGAUGUUGGGACCGGAGCCAUACAUAGCGGUAGGACCCCACACUCUCAAAGAGCUGCUCCGCACGGAGGAGAGAGUGGAGAGAGAACGGCACUGA